CCACCCACAUUAUUUGUGUCGGGUAUUGGGAAAUGAAGUGAAUUGAAAUGGAUGAACAAAGUUUUGAGGGGGGAUUUAAUUCGCGUUUCGGAGCAUAAUGCCGGGUGCUGUGAAUGCUUUCAUGAAGAACUCAUGAAGAGCUUUGAUUCCUGAGACUUUUAAGCUGGCGCAAAAAAAUACCCACUUGCCCACUGCUGGAAGGUCUGAAAGCCUGCAGUGUGUGCCACAAUGCCAGAGAUAAUACAGAAUCAGCCUUCUACUCCAAAACGCAGGAAGAAAAACAAAGAGACCCACAAUGCAGUGGAAAGACACCGCAAAGAGAAGAUCAAUGCUGGUAUAAAGCGAAUUGGAGACCUGUUGCCUUGCUCUCAGGCCUUAAAACAGAGCAAGAAUAUGAUUCUAGGAGAAGCAUAUCGUUACAUUAGUGAGCUAAAGCAACAGAAUGAUGCAAUGCUUCUCAAUGGAGGAGACAAAGUCCAAGCGGAAGAGAUAAAACGCUUGCGGCUGCAGUUGGAGGACUUAAGAAAGGAAAGUGGUCAUUACAUUGAGCUCCUCAAAGCAAACGGCAUCAACUUUUUGGAUGACCCCACAAUACACUGGAAAGGCAAGCAGCGCUCGGCAAAAAUAGCCAAAAUAACACCAACUCAUUUGAUGUCGAAAGGGAUAAUCAUCAGCUCUAAUGGAACUUCUACUGGUCCUACAGGAAAAAUGGCCAUACAAUUGAAUCCUGCUUCUCACAAUGAUAAGCAGCCAGUAAAUGCUAUACCCAUCCAACCAUCUUGUGACGUUCAAACUCUUGGUGUCCCAAAUGGAACACCAAUAAAUGAAAUUAUAGUCUCUUCUUCUACAGCUUCUUCUACACACAUUCCAUUGGCGACUCUGAUUCCUGCUGUCUCUAAACCCUGCCUUGCAGUGGUAGAGCAGUACACUGCUGUGGCACCAGUUGCUCCAAAAUUGCCCCCCCCAGUAAAUUAUAUAACUCUUCAAGGGUUAUGUCCUAAGGUUGCAGUUACUGCUCCCCUUCAGCAAACCCAGCCAGCCCACCCAACACCAAGUCUUGCGUCUUCCACCAGUCUCACAGUGCCUCUUCAAAUCCAGCCUGUAAUUGGUGUAAACUCCUUGCCUCAAACUAUGGUCAGUAACCCCGUUGUGUCCAGUGUGUCUACUGUGUUUCAGCAGGAUACAGAAAACAGAUCACUUACCCAUACAAUACCAACCAGUUCUACCAUUCACAGAACCAGUGCUGCUAGCAGCACACAGACCACAUGGACAACACUACAACUAACUGGUAACACAGUACAGCCUGUCUGUCAAGCUCUGGCCAUAGAAUCCAAUUCAACUGGGCAGAAUGUUCAGCAACUAUCUGUAUGUCCAGUUGUGGCAAAUCCACCACUUCAUCCCACUCCUCUCCAAGUUCAAACACAAAGCCCUAUGCAACUGCAGCCUCCACCACCUACACAAAUUCCUGUUAAGCCUAGACCUCCCCAGUUGUAUCCAGCUGUAGUUCCCUGUCCUCAGACAGCUGUAAUUUCUCAGACAUCACUUUUAUCACAGGCAACUGUGGUGUCUCAACCUGCGAUACUUCAUCAGCCAUCUGUUGUACCUCAAACAGCAUUAUUGACUCAGCCUCAAGCAGCUGUCAUGGCUCAACCUGCAGUUUUACCAAAACCUUUUCCUCCAACUUCGUCCCACUCUUACCCUGCCAUACAGCCCAAACCUCAGCUUCACCAUGCUGUACCACCUCGGCCUGAACCCCAGCCUGGUGUGCCAUCUCAGCCUCAAGCCCAUCCAACAAUGUUGCCCCAGGCCCAACCUGCCAUUGUGCCUUCACUUCAGCACGCUAUUGUGCCCCAACCUCAAGCUGCCACACUGCCAGUACUUCAGACCAUGCAGGUCCUUCAGAUGAACUCUGAUGUCACUCCAGUUAUUGGGACAUCUCCCUCACAAAACAAUCCAAAUGUUGUUAUUCUACAGCAGGCUGGCCAAUGCACAGCUCCACAAGUAAUUAGAGAUGAUGUGAACAGUCAGACACCAUGCCAGCACAUUGUGAUAAUUCAGACACCAACUAUGACGCCCACUCCACAAAAUCAAAGUACUGUUGUGCCAACUACCACCCCUGCUUUGCAUAAUCAGAUAAUUACUUCCAGCUCCCCCUGCACCACUGCUAUUCAAACAAAUGCGACAAAACAGCUGGUUCACAUCCUCCCACGGCCUACAACGCAGGCACAGACACAGGCACCGUUACAGGCGCAGACGCAGACACAGAUGCAGGUACCAAUACAGGCACAGAUGCAAGCACCAACACAGACGCAGACACCAAUACAGACACAGAUUCAAGCACCGACACAGGCACCACAGACUAUCACUGUGAACGGACAGGUUUAUGUUUUACAGUCAGUGAAGUCAGCGGAGAAGGGAACUUCUCAGGUUAGCCAAAGUUCUACUCAAAUCAUUCAACCUACAAGUGAGGAAUCAAACACCAAUGUUGCAUUAAAUUGUUUGGGUGCCCUCACUAGCCUUAGCCAGAGCAUUCCACAGGUCACAAGUCAAAGCAAUGUGUUGCAUACCAUUGCUCCACCUUCGUGCACUACAGUACAGUCUGUUCCCAAGGCUGCUUCUUCCCGAGUCACUGCUUCUGCUGAGACUGUUCUGUCACCCACCGCACCUGUGUCAACAUCAAUCAGUUGUGCAGUCACCAUCCUGCCAAAGAAGACUGAUGUGGUCUCUGUAAAUCAAACAAAACCAAUAUCUAUUAAAAGGACAAGAUCAGCCAGUAGAAAAGACCCAAAACAGAGGAGAAGCAUGAGCCAAAUUGCUGCCAAACCAGCACAUAAAAAGGCUUCAGUUGGAAAUGUUACAAAAGUACAUUCAUCUGCUACAAAAGACAGUAAUACCAUAAAACCUGCUGUUGAAAAUAUGAGCCAUAAAACUAGCAGUCAGAACAAACCUGUUGUCAUCAGUGUUGCUUCAGUGUGCAGUAGUUCCUCAAUCAUCUCUUCAAGUUCAAGUAGUACAAUAACUGGAAAUUCUAUCUGUGCUUCAGAAAGUGGAUCUACAUUGACAUCCAUAGUCAAUGCAGUAGAAGCAUCAAAGAGUAAAGAAAAAUCUACUGAGGUCACCCCAUCAACAUGCAGUGUAACUGUUAGUGUAACAGAUAGUACUGUAACUACUGCAACUGCUGCAAGUACUGCUGCAAGUCCAGCUCAGGCUAGUUUAGUAACCCAUACGAUGAGUGGUGCUGUUUUAACCAGUGGUGCCAACCUUCAAUCAAAUAAGUCGGCAGAAAAUGUUCUUUCUUCUAAGUGUAAUACAUUGGACAAUAGUGUUAAAUCAUUCACAGGAUCUACAGUGAGUGGUAAUUCCACUUCGAAUGCACUGACUAAAAUAGUUUCUCAAAAUACGAUGACAAUAUACAAUAGUUCUACAAGCUGCACACCAGCAGAAGGAAGUGCCAGCUUAGCCCAGAAAAGAACAACAUUAACCAGUGGCAGCUCUACAGAAAAUAAAUUGAUUUCGUCAGUUGAAUCUGCCCUUCGCCAACCCCAGGGUAUACAUUCAGGCACUAAUGUUGGUUCUACAACAAGUGGACCAACGGUUUCCCUCUCACAGAACAUUCCUCAAGUUCAAACUAAUUCUAGAACAGAGAAAACCGGUCAGUCAGUGGAAUCUCCACAGGUUCAGACACCCUAUGCUUUGCCUGCAACACCAUCACCUUGCUCCAAUCCCUCUACAUUAGUUCCAACAGCCUCAACACCACCUGUUUUGUCUCAAGAAUCUAGGAAUUUGACCACCUUUGGCAAGCCGCCUAAGCAACAAAUGAUGCCUGUGCAACCAGCUAGUCACAUCAAUACAUUAAGUACCAAACUUCUAGAAUCAAAUCAGAAUAAUGAACCUGGCAGUGGUAAACACUCAAGUGAGACCACUAAGGAGGUAACUCCGUCAAGUUCAUUCUCACAAAAAGAGACUGUUCUAUCACAGGAGGUAUCUACAUUGGAAAAUGAAUCCUUUGAAUCCCCGCUAGUGUCAAAUAGGCAGACUGAUUCACCAAUGGCAGGAGGUUCUAGUAGCAGGGGCUUUUCAGUUGCAUCGCUGCUUCCAACAGGCCAUAAUAUUACUUCUUGUCCUAAUACGUUUGGCACUUUUAGCUUCACCUCUGAGCAGGCAGAAAUCUUAGCAAUGGCGGCUAGAGCCAUUUUUGAGCAAGACAGUCCAGGAAGAAGAAGUGGUACUUGUAGUGGUGAGAACCCAGCAAGUACAACUUCUGGUGGAUGGGAUCUUCCAAAACCACAGCAAACCCCCACCAUCAAGGAAAGGGUUACAGGUCAACAGUUAAAGCAAGCAAAGCAGGCUGACCUCCCUAUUCCAAAGACUCCUUCCCAAGUUUCUGUUCGAGGUCCUCUGGUGGAGGUUUCAGGCAGCGGUACAACUGGUGUCCGGCUUCCACUAAGCAUGGCUUAUUCUCAGUCGCAGCCUAGUACUCUCACAAGUCUUAAUGUGAAUAACCUUAUCAGACCAAGCUCUGUACAGCCCUACCCAGGGUCUCCGAACCUUGGUCAGCAGGUUUCUGUUCCAUCACCAGGGGGAGCAGCAAUUUUAGUGUCUCAGUCAUCUCAGGUUACCCCGAGCUGCUCUGGCCCAGGACAAGUUAAUGAAUAUCCACCUUUGAAAAGUUCUCUGAUGCGAACUCAUGCAGGUGCUGGGAUAGGUGAACGACAUCAAAAAGAUAUGCCAAAACGCUCUGCCCAAGAGGACCUUGUUCUCCCAAUAAACAAGCGUUCAAAGCCAUGCCCAGCUGCCAGUGUUUGUAGGAUAGAUGUUAAGGCGUCAGAACAUGUCCAGGUGAUGUCUGGACAAAUGCCUCCUAGCUCCUCAACAGUUAUGACGAGGAAUCACUCUGAUGGCGGAGGCCCACUGUUUUCUGGGAACACUUUCAUGAGCACUGUGCUUCGACCAUCCGAUGGACACUGCCCUUCUCAGCUGGCACCACAUGAGCAAAAUCCAUCUAGUGUUGUGCACCUUCAACAAGGUCACUUGCAGCAUGCCCCUGCACAGCCUGGACAGAAUGUGGGGGGCAACCAUUACCUUAAACAUCAGCAACAACAGGAGCAACAGAGGCACCUCUACCAACUUCAUCAUCACCUUACACAACCUGACCCUCAGAUCCACAAUAUUCAACAGAGGACUUUGUUACAAGAACAGCAUGUUCACAAAAAGAGAGUAGUACGAAGCAGUCAGACAGGACCCCCUGUAGUUUUGCAGAAACAACAUCACUUGGAAAAGAAUAGUGUGCAGCAACAUCAACAGCAUCAGCAACAGCAGCAGCAGUCUCAGCAGCACCAACAGCAGCAACAGUCUCAGCAGCACCAACAGCAUCAGCAGCAACAUCAGACACAACAAAAACCACAGCAGCAACAACAGUCACACCAACAACAACAACAGCAGCAGCAAAUACAGCAGCAGGGCUCACAUUCACGCCAUCAGCAUCUUCAGCAGCAAAUUCAGCAGCAACAACACUUUGGAAGUAGGCAAGAAAAGAAUUGCGAGGGCCAACAGGCUGGCCCCAGGGCUCAUCAAACCAGCCAUUUGAGUCAGCAGGAUCGGCAGACUGGGCAGGAUCACGGAGCUAUGCAAAGACUCAUGGGUUCCCGCACUUUAGAACAGCAAUUGACCUCACAGGCUAGCAAUCCUGUUUCUCGUUCAUCAGAUCUUGCCUGUCCACCAUCACGACAGGAGCGCCAUCGUCUCUCAAGUUAUUCUGCUGAGGCACUUAUCGGUAAGACUUCUUCUGCUGGUGAUCAACGCAUGGGACUUCAUCUUCAGGCUUCUCGAGGCAGUUCACAGGAUCAAUCAGAAUUGCAAGGUUAUGUUGACUCCUCACGUAGCAAAGGGAAUAUUGCCCACAAUCCUCAAAGUAGGCUACCCCAAGAUCACACAGGAAAUGCAGAUAUCCAGCGAAUAUCUGAUUGUUUGCCUUUCAAAACUCUUGUUAGUGGGCAUCAACUUAGUAACUUUGAAGUGCAGGUGUCUCGAAGUGGUGACAUGAGCAGUAAGCCUGUGGCACCGGGUCAGAGAGGUCCUCAAGCUCAAGCAGGAUUCCGAAUAGGGUCAGGUCCCUCUGGGGAUGGACGGGCACGGGGGACCUAUGGACCACAUUCUUCGGCACAGGUGGUACAAGCUGGAGCAGGGCUGCCACGUGAACAAGAGGGAUGCCACCAGAGCUUUAUGCAAAGUCUUUUGGCCCCUCACCUUCCUGAACAAAGUGGACACCAAAGAACCACACAGGGAUGUCCUCCAGUGAGUGUUGAGUAUAAUUGUGUUCCUGGAGUUUCUUCUGGAGAUCUUCAGGCUAAAGCCUCAAGUCCUAACUUGCACCCCACGCAGACAGCUCCUCCCAUGCACAUUGGGGACAACAAUAAAGGACAUAUUUCUCAGGUUAGUGGAAAUUUACAUGGCCCAGCUGUGAGAUCCGUUCUACCACAUCCUCCUUCAACACCACACAGCAGCUCGGAUACAGGGCACGCGCAAGGUUCCAACAGGUCGCUACCAGCUGUCAGUCAGCGAAGCCACCAUGUUGGACCAGAUCCCCAAAGCACAAAGAUCCGCCCGGGAGAUCGACCUAGAUCGGGCAACUUGAGACCUGUGAAUACAUUUGAACCGGAAGGUUCUUUGUCACUUCCAUCAGGUGGAGGAGUACUGCUUGGGCGCUCGCAGACAAGUGGCGAGAAUCGGCGUAGAAGUAUUGUACGUUUCAUGGCAGACGGUGCACCGGUCAGCAGUGACAACAACUUGGUCUCAGACCAACAUCUCACCCAGAACUUUGGCUUUCCUUUUAUUGCAGACAGUGGUAUGAACCCUCCACCACCGAUUAAUGCAAAUGCCUCGUUUAUCCCACCGGUCACCCAGCCCAGUGCCUCGCGUACACCUGCACUCCUUCCUGUAGAGCCUCAGAACUCUCUCCCUUCUUUCUACCCUUCCUAUUCACCUGCUGCUCAUCCGAGCCUUCCGAGCGAGAUUCCUUUGCAGUAUUUCUCUAACCAGAUGUUUACAAGUCCUAGUGCUGAUAAGAGCAGCAGUGCCCCUCUGAACAAUCGCUUUGGCUCUAUUCUCUCUCCACCUCGUCCUGUGGGCUUCGCACAGGCCAGCUACCCACUGCUUACAGACAUUACACCUAUGCCUAUUGCAAACUCCUCGGGCAUUACUCCUCAUUUAUCCAAUUUUAACCUGACUUCUCUGUUUCCGGAAAUAGCCACAGCAAUGCCCCCUGAUGGCUCAUCAAUGCCCAUGUCUCCUUUACUGUCUCUUGCCAAUACUUCAUCAUCAGACUCUAACAAGCAGACUAAUCGUCCAGCCCACAAUAUCAGUCACAUUCUUGGUCAUGAUGGGACAUCUGCUGUUUAAAGCUGUAAUUGCAAGGUUUUGAAUGUUGGCUUUACUUGGCGCAGGACUAAAGCAUCUUUUCUGUUUAUUAAAGUGAAAAAUGUGUCCUGCUACACAUGUAUUUUGGAUCAUGCAGGUAAUUUUUGUUUUUUUUGAGCCAUUGUAAACACUGUCUGCUAUAUUUCUGAAUCAGUUGGUAACAAACAAACUGGACCAUGUUUCAGUUAAUCUGCACUGAGACUACCCUGUUUGGUUUGAAUAAAUUGUGGUUCUUUGGUUCAGACCACGGUUCGCAGCACCUUUCACACCUGCUACAGUCCCAAAAUCUGUACCAAACAAGGUAGGUGUGAAAACACCCUAAAUUUUAAAGUUUAAGUAGUCUAAUCCAUUUCCAGAGUUGUAGCAGGCAGUAUUAAUUAUUGAUCAUGAUGAGGUGAGCAGCACUGUUAGCUUAAGCCUAGAUUGUUUUUCAGUAAAACAAAUAAUAUCUGUGGUAUUAAAAGCCUAAGUGACUAAUGCAGUUUUUAUCUGGUGUAUGAUGCCACAACAGAUAUGCCCAGUGUUUUUGUGAAUAACCGGCUCCACUAAUCUUUUAGCAGCUGAUGGAUUUUCAAUGACUUGUUAUAAACAAGUUUUUUUUUUAAAGAUUUUUCCUGAAGGGAAUACGAUUUUCUGUGAUUAGUACGACAUCAACGAGUUAAAUACACUUUUACUUAUUUAUGGAAAUGUAUUUGUGUUGUGUAGAUAUUGUAAAUACACAGAGGUGAUUAUUAAAAUGUUUUUGUUUUGUAACUAAAAGUGUGGUGUGUUUUGUUUU